AAAAAGUAAAAAUAAUAAAGUUACGGCAACACUGGCCGUGGCUGGUUGGGUUGAAUGGAGCUUCAAUAAAAUUAUAAUUUUUCAAAUUAAAAACUCGGAAAUUAGAUUAUCUUGCCGUUAGAAUCAUUUCAAGUGAAGUGUAAUAAUUAUCAAAAUGUUUUCCAAUAUCCCGAGAUCGAUACUAUGUUGCACGCACAUAGUGGGCCCAAACCGCGCGCUCGCGGCGGCCCUAGCCAAGUGUCCGACAGCCGAGCCUGCGCUGGCGCAGUGUCGCGAGUACCACGAGGUCACCGGCAACAUCAUCUGUCCCAACAUCGUGCGGGGCAUCGACCAUCUGAGAGACCCGCGGCUUAAUAAGGGUCUCGCGUUCACAUUAGAAGAACGUCAAGCCCUGGGCAUCCACGGCCUUCUGGCAGCCAAGUUCAAGACCCAGGAGGAACAGCUCGAGAUCUGCAUCAUAUCCAUUGACAGAUAUCUGGACAAUCUGAACAAGUAUCUGUACCUCGUGGAAUUACAGGACAGAAACGAGAAGCUAUACUUCCGUCUUUUGUCCGAGAACGUCGAGAAACUUCUGCCAAUCGUGUACACGCCGACUGUCGGCCUGGCGUGCCAGAAGUUCGGACUCAUCUACCGACGGCCCCGAGGACUGUUCAUCACCAUCAACGAUAAGGGACACAUCUUCAAUAUUCUUAAGAACUGGCCAGAACCAGACGUCCGAGCCAUCGUAGUGACGGACGGAGAACGCAUCCUGGGUCUGGGCGACCUCGGCGCGUACGGCAUGGGCAUCCCGGUGGGCAAGCUGUCUCUCUACACGGCCCUAGCUGGGAUUAGACCGCACCAGUGUCUGCCGAUCACCCUUGAUGUCGGCACGGAGAAUCAGUCCCUGCUAGAAGACCCGCUGUACAUCGGGCUGCGGCAGAAGCGCGUGCGCGGGAAGGAAUACGACGAGUUCAUGGACGAGUUCAUGGAGGCCUGCGUCAAGCGGUACGGACAGAACACUCUUAUACAGUUCGAAGACUUCGCCCUAGCGAACGCCGGUCGCCUGCUGCAGAAGUACCGCAACAAAUACUGCACUUUCAACGAUGACAUCCAGGGGACGGCUUCCGUGGCCGUUGCAGGGUUGUUAGCGGCGGUCAGAGUUACUAAGAGGAAGAUGAGCGAGAAUAUCUUCAUGUUCCUUGGUGCUGGAUCGGCAGCAACCGGCAUAGCGAACCUAGCCGUCGCGGCCAUGAUAGAAGAAGGCCUAACAGAACAACAAGCCCGCUCUCGAGUCUUCAUGUUCGACAUCGAAGGAAUGUUGUCUACAAGACGGCCGGGCGGGGUGCCGGCGCAUGCGACUGCCUUCGGGAAGGACAUCGAACCUGAGACCGACUUUGAGAAGGCUGUUGCUAGGAUCAAGCCGAGCUGUCUUAUUGGUUGCUCGACGGUAGGCGGCGCGUUCACCAAGACGGUUCUUCAACAAAUGGCGGCCAACACGGAGCGGCCGAUCAUCUUCGCGCUCUCCAACCCCACCACCAAGGCCGAGUGCACGGCGCAAGACGCUUACGAUCAUACUGAGGGCCGCUGCAUAUUCGCGUCGGGCUCUCCAUUCCCUCCAGUCAAAUACGAAGGCAAGGAGUACCACACGGGGCAGGGCAACAACUCGUACAUCUUCCCCGGGAUAGCGCUGGGGGUCAUCGCCACCGCCACACAUCAUAUACCGGAGAAGAUGUUCUUGACUGCCGCUAGGACUCUAGCCAACUUCGUGAGCGAGGACGACCUGGCGAUCGGGCGCAUCUACCCGUCCCUUUCGCACGUCAAGGAGGUCUCCGUGCUCAUAGCCAUCGAGGUCGCCAAGAUGGCUUACGAUGAAGGCCUGGCCUCAUUCUACCCGCAACCGGCGGACUUGACGCAACACGUCAAAGACCAAAUGUAUGACUACAACUAUGACUGUGCGAUGCCAGUGACUUGGAGCUGGAAGCCCGAACAAGAUAUAGCUUCUCUGAGACCCAUCGAACCGGUCCCGAAGAAUAUUUAAAAUAAACCGUAAGCCGUGAUAGGGGCGUGUUUUGAAUGGAGAGUUUUGGUUCACAGAUUAUGCAGCUAGCGGACAACAGAUGAAGAGCGCUUAAGCGUUGUAAUGGAACUCGGAAUAAUGACCGCUAGUAUAAAAUAUUUUUGAUUGCAUUUGUUUAUUCUGACACAAAUCUUAGUGCGGUCAAGUUCGUAUCAGAUUGUUUUAAAAUCGGACAACAGACAAUACUAAUUUAAAGUACUACGAUAUAACUUUAGAUUUAAAAUACGCCCCUAUUCAGACUAUGAAAGGCCAUGCCUGAUACAUACAAUUAUAAGUUCAAAAGUAUGGCAACAUUACAAAUGUGUUUCAAAAUGAUAAUAAUAAAACGACAAACUAUGUAUUACUAUCAGAAAGUUAAAACCAUAGUCAGUUUGUUUUGGGAUCAUUAAAAGUAAAAGUAACCUUAUUUUUGUGUCCUUAAGAGUAUAGUAUAAUAAUGAGAUUGAGUUGUGUUCCUAUUUAACCUUGUUUAACAAGUCAAUGUUUUUCAUCGUGAUUAAAUCACUUCUUUUGCUCGUAUUAUGUUAAAUGUAUUAACUGAAAUUCAUAGUAUUACAUCUGUAAUAUCAGUAUUUAUUUCCCCUUUUCUUUUAUUUUAAAUACGUAAGUAGCAAAUUGAGAGAUACCAAUAUUAUGUCUUAGAAGAAUUAAAUGUACCUAAAACUACAAUGGAUACAAAUAUAUGGAGACACUGCUAUAUUGUUAACAAUCUUAUUGACCCAUUGUGUAUGUAUAUUUGAAUCUAAUUUAUGUAAAGUAAUAUUAGUGAAAUAUGUCGUUUACGACUAAUUAAGUAAUCCACUUUUAAGUAGUAAAAAUAGCAGUAUAAGUAACAAUAUUAUGAAAUUCUAACAAAACAGAAUCAUGUGAAUGACAGAUUAGAUGCGCGUUUAUGAUUGGUUAAACAACAGUCAUUUGACAAGAGGUCGCCAUCUUGAAUUUCUGGUGACGUAACAGAAUUCACCCCGUGUGAUUAGCUAUAAAUUUGGUGUAAACAAUCUAGUCACCUUUGCAUUAAAACUACAAAUAUUCAAUGCAUUAUAUUGCAUUUUAAAUUAUUCAUGUAGAUUAAAUUAUACUACAAACUAGAAAUUGUCUCCAGGACAUCAAAUAAGUUUUUUUUGGUAGAAUAGAAUGGAUUUGAACGUGGUAAACAUAAUACUGCCCUUUAACUAUAGUUAAACAUAAUGGUGUACGAAUGUUUAUUUUUAAUACUGUGCAUGUCUUUUUUGUUUUGACCUUUUUUAUUUAAAAGUGUUUUAGCCGUUCACCGUAUUUCAAUCAACUUCAUAAUUUAACUAAUUGGUAAUCAAUAUAAGUGUUCACAUCCGCUUAUCGCUUGUAAAACACUAUUGUAAAGCUCAAAAUGAGAUUUCCUCAUCUCAUGAUUGUACUGUAGAUAUCGCUUUCAUAAUUUCGAUUGUUUCACUGUACUGUAAAGUAUAUAAUGUAUUAUAUUGUAUUCAUGAGCAAUAUUACUUUUAUCUCAGAUUUUGUAGUAAUAAUUUGCGACUUAAAUUGUUUGUAGUAUUAUAAGUUCAGUAUUUUUAAUACUAGGAGCUACUUUGAGUAGAUAUUUCGUUUGGCGGAAUAGUAUAUUUUUUAUGUAAUUUUGAUUGUCUUUAUUUUAAUUUAUGUUGAUCGUGACCCGUAUCUAUGAUACAAAGUGAUUACGUUGCUGUGACGAAAUAUACCUACUUAUCAGUUAUACAAAUGUAUUUUAAUGAUUAUUGUUUAAUACUUUACUGUAGUUACAUGUUCUUCAAAUCGUAGGUCAAUUAUUGCUUGCAAUAUUAUUUACUUACCAGUCAAUUUCAUUACUAACGUUUAUGUAUAAACUUGCUUUUAAAUCAUGAGUAACUAAAGUUGUUUGUUUAAUUAUACUUAAUUACAUGGUAUAUGUUUUGUCAGGGUUUAUUUGUGUAACUUACCUACAGUAUUUUUAUUUUUUUUUGUUUUUCUAACUGUAUUUAAUUAUAUAAAAAUAUGUAUUCAAGGAUGUUAAUGUGUACUGUAGUAGGUUCAUUGUUGCUACCUAUAUGGAUGUUAUUAAAUAAAGUUUGUUCAAAACAUUCUUACAACUUG